CGCCGUGGAGGAGUGAAACGUAUCUCCGGUUUGAUUUACGAAGAGACGCGUGGUGUGUUGAAAGUGUUCCUGGAGAACGUAAUCCGCGACGCCGUCACAUACACCGAGCACGCCAAGAGGAAAACAGUCACCGCCAUGGACGUCGUUUACGCGUUGAAACGACAAGGACGUACCCUUUACGGUUUCGGAGGCUAACCUACACACACAUAAUACAUACAUACAUUUUCAAAAAGGCCCUUUUCAGG